CUUCAUAAUAAAGCCAGAAAUUAUUUGGUACUCGAGCUCAUUGCUUCUUCUAAAACUCUGUUUUCUCUCCCACAUUCCAUAGACAAACCCUAAUCUCAAUAAUAAUUGCGUAUUUCCAGCGCGAAAUUGGCGAUCGAUCCUUUUCAUAUCUCUCUACUUAGUUUCCAAUCAGGAAUUAUGUCUUCUGUGCGCUCUCAGCAACCACGAGGUGGAAAAUUUCACAGAGAUCAUCGAUCAUCUUGUGGUGGAAAUAGCAAUAUGACCGUGAGGACUACUGGCACAUCUAUUAAUUACUACGGGGUCUAUGGCACACAGGACUACAACAACUACCAUGGCUCUAGUCAAACAUAUAGGUUGGAUGGACUCAUGUAUAACCGUCAUGAGCCUGUUUAUGAACCAUCUUCCAAAAGGAGAAGGACUUCAACUUUCUCUUGUGAAAGCACCGGGAUUAUUUAUCAGCAGCAAGAGACAUCCCAAAAUGAUCUUGUAUAUUGUGCUGACCCAUGCAAACCUUCCAAAUACUAUAAUGCUUGUGCCGAUGCCCAAUUAGUCUGCAAAACUUCUGCUGUUGUUACUGAAACCAGGUCUGGUGGUGCCAAUGUGAAUGCUUUGUCUACGUCGAAGCGUGACCGGUUAAAGUUUGAGGAGGAGGAGGAGGAAGUGGUUUUCAUGUCGAGGGAUGACAUAGAGAAGUCCUCACCUUCGAGAAAAGAUGGCAUUGAUCAGCUGCAUGAAACAUAUCUGCGAUACUCAUAUUGUUCCUUCCUUCAAAAUGUUGGGGCUAGGCUUCAUCUACCGCAAACAACCAUUGGGACUGCCAUGGUUCUCUGCCAUCGUUUCUUUGUUCGCCGCUCUCAUGCCUCUCAUGAUAGAUUCCUGAUAGCUACUGCAGUACUUUUCCUGACUUCCAAGUCUGAGGAGACACCAUGCGCUCUGAAUGACGUACUAAAAGCAUCGUGCGAAAUUCUCCACGAGCAGGACUUCUCACUUCUCUCAUAUAUGUUUCCCAUUGAUUGGUUUGAAAAAUAUCGUGAACGGAUGAUUGAAGCUGAGCAAUUGGUCUUAACAACUUUAAACUUCGAGCUAAGUGUGCAGCAUCCAUAUGAAUCUCUGACAUCUACGCUCCAGAAACUAGGCUUUGCACAGUCUGUCUUGGUGAAUAUGGCCCUGAACUUUGUCAGUGAAGGACUUAGAAGUUCACUAUGGCUUCAGUUCAAACCUCACCAGAUAGCUGCUGGUGCUGCCUACCUUGCUGCCAAAUUCCUAAAUAUGAAUCUUGCUUCAUGUGAUAGCAUCUGGAGUGAGUUCCACACACCACCAUCUGUACUUAAAGAUGUUGCCCAUCAGCUGAUGGAAUUAUUUUAGAAGAUCUAAGAUGAACUGCAGAUUCAGCUUACAUUUCCAUAAACUCCCACUCUACGAUUUUAUAGAUGUUUUUCACAUAGUCAAUGACAAAAUGUUCUUAAUUCAAAGUAGAUCAAGAAAACCACACUAAUUGUAACUAUAUUCUGCACAACUCCUCUUAUAUCGUUGUAUGAGCCAUACGUCGUUAUGUUUUUCUGCACUGAAUAUAUCCUAAUAUAACUUGUUGUAAACAGUGAGACACAGACAGAGAGUUGAAAAGACAUUGAAAAAUGAUGGAUAAAAAAGUUCUCUUCUUUUAAA